AUGGCGUCUACACCCAGAGGCUAUGGCCUUAUGAGGGCAAUUCAGAGCCCUACUCUGUCUUCGAGGGUUUGUUCUAAAUGUCUACCAGCUCUUCAAUCUCCUAGAAAUAUAAGGGCUUUGAGUACGACGAGCGCCAGAACAACGUCGCUAGCUACUUUCAAGAUACCCAAAGUUACAAAUGAACCUAAUCACAUAUAUGCGAAGGGCUCGGCGCAAAGAGCAGGACUCCUUUCUGCAAUCGAGACUCAACAGAAGAAGGGCACAAUAGAAAUUCCGCUCGUGAUAGGGGGCAAGGAGGUCAAAACAUCACAAAAAUCUACACAACACAACCCUUCCGACCACAACACGCCGGUAGCCAAUUAUUCCACAGCUAGUCCCUCUGAUGUUAAUAAAGCUAUCGAAGCAGCCUUGGCUGCAAAGCCAGCAUGGGAGUCGCUCCCUUUCGCAGACAGGGCCGCCGUCUUCCUCAAGGCAGCAGAUCUCAUAGCUACUAAGUAUCGAUAUGAAAUUAUGGCCACUACAAUUCUCGGCCAGGGUAAAAAUGCUUGGCAAGCCGAGAUCGACUCUGCAGCGGAGCUAUGCGACUUCUUACGCUUCAAUGUCCAAUAUGCAGAAGAAUUGUACGCACAACAACCUGCCCACAACUCGCCUGGGUUAUGGAACCGUAUCGAAUACCGACCGCUGGAGGGCUUUGUCUACGCCGUCAGCCCCUUUAACUUCACUGCUAUCGGAGGCAAUCUGGCAGGAACACCUGCGCUUCUGGGUAACGUGGUUAUCUGGAAGCCAUCUGACUCUGCGGUUGCAGCGGGUCAUUUGCUACAUAAGAUCCUGCUCGAGGCGGGACUACCUGAGAAUGUAAUUCAGUUCGUGCCCGGAAACCCCGAAGAGGUGACCAAGGCGGUACUCGCGCACAAGCAGUUCGCUGCGCUACACUACACCGGCAGCACAGCCGUAUUCCGCAAGCUGUACGGUCAAAUCGGACAGGGCAUCGCCGAGGCCCGGUACGUAGGAUACCCGCGUAUCGUAGGUGAGACCGGCGGCAAAAACUUCCACCUGGUCCACUCAUCCGCCGACAUCCAAAAUGCCGUAGUCCAGACUAUCCGCGGCGCCUUCGAAUACUCCGGUCAGAAGUGCAGCGCUACGAGCCGUGCAUAUGUCGCCAAGUCGAUCUGGCCCGAGUUCAAGGAGAAGCUAGUCAAAGAGACCAGCGCGCUCAAGGUUGGCGCGCCGUGGAAACCCGAGAACUUCAUCGGGCCCGUGAUCCACGAGCCCAGCUUUAAAAAGCUGACCCAAGUCAUCGACGAAGCAAAGAACGACCCUGAACUGGAGCUCCUAACUGGCGGCAAGUAUGAUGGGUCGAAGGGGUACUUCGUCCAUCCUACCAUCUAUCAGGCCAGCACCCCGACGCAUAAGCUGCUAUCGACGGAGCUCUUCGGUCCGAUAUUGACGGUGUACAUGUACGACGAUACGACCGGCGACGCGGAGAAGGCGUUCGCCGACGCGUGUAAGCUGGUGGACAGCACGAGCGAGUACGGCCUCACGGGAUCCGUGUUCGCGUCGGACAGGCAUGCGAUCCGCGCUGCGGAGGACGCGCUACGCAACGCGGCGGGCAACUUCUAUGUCAACUGCAAGAGCACGGGCGCGGUUGUGGGCCAGCAGCCGUUCGGUGGCGCGCGGGCUAGCGGGACGAAUGAUAAGGCGGGUAGCAUCAAUAUUAUCAGCAGAUUUGUCAGUCUGAGGAGCAUUAAGGAGGAGUUUUUGCCUAGUAAUACGGUAGAGUAUCCUAGUAAUGAGGUCUAG